AUGUCUCUUGACCAGGAGAAACAUCAGCUAUCUGAGGUAGAAAACACUGAUCAUCACCAUGAGCAGAUCAAACAACAAUUCGGCUUGGAUCUGUCAGAUAUCGCUGCUCAUGCUCCAUCGCUGCGUGGUAAUAAGCUAACAGCUGCAGUAGCGUUUGUAGCAGGAACCGGGUUCACACUCGCUGGAUACGAUCAAGGUGUCAUGUCAUCGCUCCUUACGGGUAAUCAGUUUGAGGCUUCCUUCCCUGAAGUCAUAGUGGAGACCAGUCACCCCGAUCACGCCACUCUUCAGAGCCUCACAAUCGCCAUUUACGAAGUAGGCAGUCUUUUUGGUGCCCUGUCCAAUCUUUGGGUGGGAGAUAAGCUCGGUCGUCGAAAGACCAUUGUUCUAGGAGGCAGCAUAAUGAUAGUCGGGGCAAUUCUACAAACUACUGCGUUUUCUUUUGCACACUUGAUCUUUGCCCGUAUCGUCACAGGCUACGGAAACGGCCUGAUAACAUCAACGGUACCAAUAUAUCAUGCGGAACUCUCCCCUUCGGCAAAGAGGGGACGAAUGAUAAUGAUGGCGGGGAUUUUUUUCAUGGUUGGAGUGACUAUUUCAUUUUUCGUAAAUUGGUCAUCUGCUCAGUGGAGAGUUCCAAUAGCGCUGCAGUUGGCGUUUGAAAUAAUCAUGGUGACAUGCAUCGGAUUCCUUCCCGAGUCGCCGAGGUGGUUGGUAAAGCGUGGCCGCGAUGCAGAAGCGAUGGCCGUUAUAUCCGCAAUGGAAGAUAAACCUUUUUCCGAUCCAGAAGUUCAGCGCACUUACUACGGCAUUCGUAAGGCUGUUGCUGUCGAAGAAUCUAGUCAAAGUUCACUACGUGAACUCACUACUGGAGGUCCUAGCCAAAACUUGAGACGGAUGGUCAUUCCUGUAGUAUUGAUGAUGAUGCAGCAGCUGACAGGUAUCGGUUUCGUUACCUUGUGGAUCGUACAGACUAUUCUAUUCCAGCGUCUUGGUCUCUCCGCAACCAACGCACGGAUUACCUCUGCAGCCAACGGCGCACAAAAUAUUCUUGCUUCUAUUGCUGCUUAUUAUGUUAUAGACUAUGUUGGCAGGCGUCAACUUAUGCUGAUUGGAGCCAUCAGUCAAUCCAUCGUGAUGCUGCUCUUGGCUAUCUUAGGAUAUAUCAAUAAUACACCAGCGCAGAUUGUGAGCGUAGUCCUGAUAUUCGGCUUCGACACAUUCUUUGCUUUUGGCUGGCUUGGACUGGCUUUGUUAUACAACGCUGAGAUUGCCGGGCUUAGAACUCGAGUGCCAACAAAUGCGCUAAGCACGGCGUCGACCUGGACAUUCAACUUUGUUGUGGUGAUGGCCGUUGGCCCAGUUUUCAACACUAUCUCCUGGAGAAUCUAUCUCAUCUUCGCGGCCCUGAACGCAAUCAUCGUUCCAGUUGUUUACUUUUUCUUCCCCGAAACUGGCGGCCGGUCUUUAGAAGACCUCGACGUUGUGUUUGCGUUGGCGUACAUGACUGGUGAAGAUCCUGUCAAGGUCUCACUUCGGAAAGAUGUCCCGCUUGCUGGAUCGCGAGAGGCGGACGAGAUUCUUGGAGUCAGCACAGGCGUUCAAUAUCACCCUUCAGGAAAGCACCCCACGCCAUCUUCUUCACCGGGAAAAGCCGGAACACAGGCGUAG